AUGCUCACCCGCCGUCGAGGUCCCGAGCCAGAAUCAGAGACGAAGGAACGAAUGUCAAAACGCCGGCGCUCUGUGGGGAGCUCUUCAGAGAGCGACAGGAAGAAAAACUCUAUGCCUCCGCCCCCAAUGCAGAAGAAGAAGCGCACGCGCAUGCACAUUCUUACGACGCCUCACCAGUCAGCAGUUUUGCAUGCUCUCCUUGCCCAGAUAUGGUUUCAAAACCAACGCCAAAGACAGCGGCGCCCACGCGAGCCAAGCGAGAUUCAGUUGACGCGUCCAACUCAGUACGGGCCGUUUCCAUCUGCCUCUCAUCCGCUCCCGCCUCACGACGGCUAUCCUCCUGCUCCCGCCCCGCCUCUGCAUUUUGAACCAUACUCGUUGCUCAUCGGACCAGGCAUGAGGUCCGACUUCCCGCCACAACAACCUCCCCCUCCCCCUCUUCCAUCUCUCCGCCUCCGUAUCGACCAUCUGUUGAAUGCGCCCUCUGAUAGACCGAGACCCACGCACAAACGGGCUAAACCUGCUGAUGACCAAGGGGACGAAGCUAUUUUAGACUUGCUUUUGCACAGACAAAGAUCAGGGCCGGUGCAUGAUGUGAAUAUCAGUAUAAACAACGUAGUGAAGCAAGUCACAGAGGUGCUUUCCACACCGAACAUAUCCGAUCAACUACUCGGUUUACCUGUCGAGGAAGUACAGUGCACUUUGGACUUCUUUCAGGAUCUUCUAGAUGUAUCAAGUCCACCAAUGAUAUCCAAGCGUCUUCUUCUCAAAACCUCUCUCAAGUUGACGCGUAUCCAUGAUUGUGUACCUCAGUGUCUCAUGCUUAUGGGCUUCAAAAAGAUGGGAGAAAGUUAUCCGUUUGCUCGAGGACAUUUUGGUGAGCUCUGGAGAGGAGAAGUCGAUGGAAUACAGGUGGCUGUCAAACAGGCGAGGAUAUUCACAAGUGACAGUAAUAUUAAGAAAAUUCUUCAGCAAGUAAGGCGAGAGGCCAUCAUUUGGAGGCAGUGUGAUCAUCCCAAUGUCCUACCUUUCUACGGCAUUUAUCGCGAUUCUGCUCCUUCUACCUACUGUCUUGUGUCGCCAUUCAUGGUCAAUGGAUCUCUUCGUCAAUAUAUGAACCAAACUGAUGAUCCUGAUCGACACAACCUUGCUCUAGACAUUACACGGGGUAUGGACUACCUGCACACACUGUCCAUCGUUCAUGGCGACCUCAAAGGAGAUAACAUAUUGAUCACUGAUGACCAUAGAGCGGUUAUCGCGGAUUUCGGUAUAUCAUUUGUGAUGGGUGCCACAACCCUUGCAACAUCGUCAUCAUCAUCGUCGUCGCGCUUGAAGGGUGGCACUGCAAAAUGGCAGGCACCAGAAGUCCUCCAUGGUGGUCGGAACAGCUUUCCAGGUGAUGUUUAUUCACUUGCAUGUGUGUAUUUUGAGGUGUUCGAUGGGAAAAUACCCUGGAGUGACCUCAAGACUAAUGCCGCCGUUAUCAUGAAGGUCUGUAUCGACAAGGAUCAUACAUUGUAA